AUGUCAGAAGAGCUAAUUUGUCGCUGUAAAAGUUCCUUGGACGAACCAUUUAGUUCAUUAAAUGAUCUAGCUGUUCAUCACGUAUCGUAUAAUGAGUUGGAAAAGCAAUAUGUUGAAUUGUCAGAUUGGUGUGCAAAGAUUUCGGAUGUUAUUAAAAAAAUUUCAUCAAAUACUUUGACUUGUUAUCUUCGACAAAAAUAUUAUGAAGACUUAUAUGAACAAGGUCUGAUGCGUUUGCGAAUGUUUAAACAAUAUUCAAAUAAAUUAAUUCAACGUUUUCCCGAUUUGCAUAUUGUUAUAACAAAUAAAAUAGAAAUUAUUUAUAAAAUAUGGAAUGAACUUGAAGCACGUUUUAUUGGAUAUUUAGAUGAAGACUUCGAUCAAAUUAUUCAUGAUCUUCAUGAUGAAUUACGUUUAUUUGAAGAAUGGAUUAAUACAAUUGAAGAGCAAUUAGAAAGAUUUAAUUCUAUACGAAAUGAAAAGAUAUCACCAGAAGACAUUCAAGAUCUUAUGAAAGUACAAGACGAAAUCAAAUCAAGAAACAGUCGUGUAUCAUCAGUUAUUGAAAUUUGUGACCGUUUAAAAGCCGAUUAUCUGCAGCAAAUUGAACAAAUUCCAUUUGACUAUGCAAGCGAUCUCGAAAACAGAUGGCAUCAAAUUUGGAUACAUUCAGUUGAAAUUCAAUGUAAACUCGAAGAUAGAUAUAAAAUACUGAAGCAUUCAGCAUCUUUUCCUUUAAUCGACGACGACGACGACAUAAUACCAUUCAAUUCAAGCGAAUACGAAAAAAUUUCUUUAACUUCAUCAAACAAUACUAGUGUAGAUUAUGUUAAUUCUACUUUGAUUAAUCGUAAACGUUCAAGAUCACCCGAUAUAAAUAUAAACAUCAUUAGUAUAUCAUCGAAUCCAAAUAGAAAAAUGAUUAAAUCUAAACGGCGUAGAUCAUUAAGUUAUUUACCGAAUCUUUCACCUUCAAAAUUAUAUUAUUCAUUAACAAACAUCAAUGACUAUGAUGAUAAAAUUAUACGAAAAAAAUAUAAAAAAACAACAUCAAAAUUAGACGUUGGCUAUGCCAGUGAAGAUGAUUAUGAUAGAAAGCCUAUUUCAAAAAUAAAAAAGAGUCAAAGUGAUAAUGCAAUUCGAAUAAAAUUAAAAUCUAAUAUUCUAUCAUCGUUAGCUCAAUCUUUACCAUUGUUUGCACAUGUGCAUCUGUUACCUAAAUGGUGGAGACAUUCGAUAACAUCUGCUUAUGAUACAUGUUCUAAUCCGGACAUUGAUAUGAGUAUUGAAGAAACGAAAAAUACAACAAUGAAACCAUCUUUACUUAUGUAUAGUAAAAAAUAUACGAAAAUAAAAAAAUAUAUCGAACAAAAAUCGCCUUUGAAAUCAAAUUCCUAUGAUGCAAGUACAGAAAAUACAGAUCCGGAACAAUCAGAAAAUGAUGUUGAUGUUCUAUCGUCAGAUUUAGUAUCUUUAUCACCAGUUAAUCAUUAUGAAAAUUCAGAUUCUUUACUCUACAAUCGAUAUACAACUACAACAACUACUGGUUAUUCAUCAGACAUUGAACUUGAAACUAAAACAGUACCAUCGGAAAUUGAAGAUCAACCAUUAUUCUUAUGUACAGACUUUACAACAUCAACAAUUAUUUAUUUUAAUUUAGAUGACGAGCCAUUGAAUGCAACGAUGAAUAAUGAUAAAAUCGAAAGCUCCGAACCAUGUUGGGAUGGCUAUCAAAACCCUCUUUUUUAUUCAUUGAAUCCUCAUGACACAGAUUCAAUGGAAACAGCACUUAAAUGGGAUGAUCAAUUUUUCGAAAUCGAUCAACUGUGCAAUACGACAUCCGAUGAUGAUAUACACGUUCAUCAUGAUAAUAUCAUUCGUCCUUCUCUACGGAAUAACAAUAGUUCAUCAUUAUCAUUAAUAACAAGUGUAACAAACAAGCAACAAUUUGAUUCAGAUUCUGAUCUGGAUGAUUUUAAUUAUGUUGUAAACGAAAGUGAACGACAAUUAUUAAAAACACGACAAAGUUUAGAAAAGAACAAACGACAACAAUCACAACAAGAAUCAAUAGUAAACGAUCGAAAUCAAAGGAAAUAUGAUGAACUAAUUCGUACAUGUGACACAAAUAUUCAAUGUUUAGAAAAAAUUCUAAAUAAUCUUCAUCAGUCAAAUAAUUCUCGACUCAACAAUACACAAGCUAUUGAGCUAUUGCAAAAAUACUUGUCCGAUUGGCAUCAUAUGAGAGAACAAGUUUUUGAUGAUCGAACCCGCGCACGUCAUUUAUUACAUAUAUCACAAGAAAUAAUUAAAUUAAAAUUACGUAUAGACGAAGAAUUAUCUCACAUUAGCACCUCUUUGAAUCAUUCGUGGUUCGACAUUAAUUCAAUAAAUCAAUUAAAAGAUCAAAUUUCGUAUGAAAUUGAUAUUGAAAAAGAAAAUCGUCAAAAAUUAAUAACGUUUUAUACUAAUUUGCAUCUAGUUGAAGAACAUUUAAAAGAAUAUCUAAUGACUUAUCCGAAUGCUUCAUCAUCAUUUCGUAUCGACGAACAGUUACAUAGUAAUCGUGUAACACUUGAACAAUUCACAAAUAAAUUGGAUUCAUAUCGAAAUCAAUUACGUACAUUAAUAACAAUGAUUGAUAAUCUUUCGCCUAUUGAAAAUCAUAUUGAACAAAAAUUAACUUCUAUCGAUUAUCCAGGUGAACUUCAAGAAUUACAAGCAUCAAUUGAUAAUUAUGAACGAAUGAUUCCGUUGAAUAAUUCCUAUUUAAUCAUUAAAAAUCAUUGUCAAUAUAAAUUAGAUCUAUAUAGAAAAAUGCUUAAUGAUUUUAUUCGUAAACACGAAAAACAUGUUUCAUUCGAUAGCCCGAUUAAUAUUAAUAAUAAUAAUUCUACAAAUAUUAAUUCAUCAACGUCAUCAUCAUCAUCAUCAUCGACUCCACAAGUACAAUAUACAUAUAGUUCAAGCGAUAAUUUUCGCAAGAAAAAAAUGAUCUUCAAUCAAUACAGACAGAGAGAAACCCAAGAUAUUCAACAAACCUGUUCAACUAAUAAAACAUACAAUAACAAACAAAGUACAACAUCAUCUUAUAUAUCUGAUGAUUGUAAAGUUUUAUAUAUAGAAACAGUUAUUGAAGUUCCAAAACCCGUUUUUUACGAACAAGCAACCAAUACAAUAUCAACAACAAAUACAGAGUAUCAUCAUCACAUUCCUCAUAGUCAACAAACAAUAGCAUCAAAUCGAAAUAAAUAUUUUAUGGAUAUAACAAAUAAAAAUCAACAUAGUGGAGAUUCAACCGAUGAUGAUUUAUCUACUCAACCGGUGAAUUUAUCAACAACAAUAAAUCGUCAUCAAUUGACUGAAGAUCAUUUAAAACAACACGGUGAUAGCGGAAUAGAACUAGACCAAACAUCAUCAUCAUCAACCAUUUAUAAUCAACAAAUAUCGAAAGAUCGUUUAUUAUUUCCAUCAACAAAUAGAAAUUAUGAUAAGACAUCUCCGUCAACACUUGUUCGUCGUAUACAAAAGCAAACAGCAACAAAAAUUGAAAAUCUUCAUUCAGAUAAAACUCUAUUAAUAUCACCUGUGCUGAAUUCAACUCAAACGAAUACAUAUUGGAAUCGUUUAAAAAAAAAAUGGUUUCGUUCACUUCUCAUUGGUCUUCUAAUUUUAUUAAGUUUAUUUCUUGUUUAUUUAUCUGGGCUUGAUUCAUGUUCACGAUCUGCACUUAUUCAAAAUGUUUGUCAAAAAAUUAUUUGCAUUGAAAAUGAAGGAUUACCGACUAUUUGA